AUGGCUCCAGAAGAAAAGAUAUCCUUGCUUGUCUUACGGGGCAUUUCAACGCUCAAGUCACUCAUCGAAACUUUCGAGAACGGAAUUGAGACUGAGGAGGAAUCGAUAGCACUGGCCUCUUCGCACUUGGAACGGUUCAGGCUCUGGGUGGGCAGUCUCGGUGCCCAUCGAGAGUCUGGGUCGAGAUCACUUGAGUACAAACUUCGUGAUGCAUCUUUGAUACGGAAGCACAUCGUCACCUUGCUCCAAGACCUGUGCAGUUCCGUCGAUCAAGCAUUGUCCGUGACUUCGACGGCUGGGAUCUCUCUUGACGAUAAGGAGCAACCCAAUGAUGACAAGGACAUCGAUGAUAAGCUUGCUGAGCUCUUCUACGGCGGUGACAAAGAUGCUAUUCAUCGGCCCGAGCUGGAUCAAGCAUUGGGAAGAAUUGGACACGCCGUUGAUUGCUUGCUACGUCUCUCAGCAACAAUUCGCCAUCCAGCUCCGCACGACCAGUUCAAGUCCAGGGCAGGGGCAGAACUCAUCGAAGCCUUUCGAGCCCUGGACAAAGACCACAUCCGCCAUAAAUUCGUCCAACUUGAUGAGCCUCUCGUUGACCGUCUGGGCAAGUCAAUGGCGAUGCGCCGCCAUUAUUUCAAGUAUCGCGAAGAACAUGCCAACCGAAUAGCCCGCGGACUGGAAGAGGUUGAGCAAGGGCUCAAGUGCGAUGCUUCCGAGUACACAACCACAAAAACAGCCAUUUCUUCGCUCCCCGGACAUCUCAAGGACAAUAAGGCUAUCUAUACCUCUACAGAGACAAGCACAACAGCUUGCGCGGACGAGUUCACUGAUUUUGAUGACAUGCGCUCGCAAACAUCGUAUGCACCAACGGAGGCCAACUCUAGCGAGCUUCGUGUCCCAAGGAUACCUCCAGAAUACGUUGACGGGCCCUUCAAAUGUCCCUAUUGUCAUAUGAUUAUUGUCAUAGAGACGAGGCACGAGUGGAAGAAACACAUCUUCCGAGACUUGCAACCCUAUACCUGCCUUGCAAAGACGUGUACCAUCCCAAAUCAACAGUUCUCUCGGCGCUCGGAAUGGGUCACGCACAUGGAACGCGAGCACUGGAGGGUCUGGCAUUGCUCUCUAGGUUGCACCGAUGCUUCCUUCGAUAACCUUGAGGAGUUCCUAGAGCAUAACCAGUCCGCGCACGGCGGCGAGUUGGCAUCUUCCGGGCUGAGGUCUCAAUCAAACAUCCACGCUUCUUCCGUCAGGGAUAAGUCUAAGGCCCGCGGACAGUGUCCUCUUUGCCCCGAGGUACAGCUCGACCUGGCUUUGUUUGCCUCGCCUCGUGUUGACGAUGACUACAUGUAUACCACCCGAGAUGACUCAGAUGAAGACCAAAACGAACAAGAUUUGGCCAAAGAAUCAGACGAAGAGGACAUGGAAGAAGACGAGCUUGAUACAUCGGCCGACACCGCUUAUCAUGUGGAACUAGAAGUACCCUCCGAAGACGGAGACAUUGACGGACGUUACAUCGAAGGAGAAGACCCGGGGGGUUCUGGAUUGUCUGAUGGCAUACUUGAUGAGAUUACGACAUAUGCGGGUGAGGCGCAAAGAUUACAACCACGAGAAGAAGAGCAACCUUCGGAGUCCAUCAAUGUGCGCGAUCAGCAGACCCGAACAAUCCAAGAUAAACCCCCCGACGGUGACGAUGAUGGAAGUUCUUCCGGGGCAGAGACGAGGGAUACCUACCAGCAGUUUAUGGAUCACCUAAAAAGUCAAUCGAGUUCAGAUCCGAAACUCAAUGAUCCACUGGAAAGAGCCAAGCUGUAUAUGCAGAGUAAGGGUAAACUCUUACCAGAAAGGCAUCUAUUCCCUUCCGCUCCGAGCAUGGCUUCCUCUGUCGAGACAGGCUUCGCUGCCAGUCCUGCAAAUCAACCCCAGCUUAAUGCGAUGGCUGGCAUAGAUACUGUGAUACAGAACAACGCCCCCCAUGCGGAGAACUAUGGCAAUGGCUGGGAAGGCGGUGACAACAAGCGGGAGCAACAGGCUGGGAAUCUUUUGGAGGGCGACAAUAUGUUCAGCGACCUCGGGGAAGACGUGUUCGAAGGCAACGAGCUUACCGACGCCGAUUUUGACUUCUUCGACGAACAACUCAACGAACAACCCGAGGGUGUCGAGAUAAAUCUCGGCGCAAUACCAGAGCUGGGGACGGCAAUGGAUUUGUCUGCUGAUACGGGCCAACCAACUAACUCAGCUCCCCAGACUAACAACAGAGUGGAAGAAUACAAGACGAAUACGCAGCCAGCGCAGUAG